CGUAAUCUGAGGUUUUCAGCGUUCUCUCCGGCUGAGUUCUGCAACACUUCCUUCUCUCUUUCUCUCUAACUUUUCUUUUUUAUUUCUUCCCUUUCUGGCGGUGCGCUGAGCUGCUUGCUCUUAUUAUCUUCCUGCAAGCGGACUUUAUACAAAGAGAGCUCGCCGUUUUCACUUUUGCACUUUUGAGAAGUGAAAAACACACAUCUAUUUCAUCAACCCACUGCAUUCUACUGAUGAGUGCUGUCUCCAAUGCUUUCCUUCCAGUCCUGGUCUGAUAGCUGGUUUUGCUUGGUGGAUUUGUAUCAUUUGGGAACUUUACUGAAUGGUCUGGCGGCUUUUUCACUCUUUCGGUCUGAGUUUGAUGGGAUAAGUGUUUGUGGUGUGUUGUAUUUGGUUCCGUAGGGUUGGAAUUCGGGAUAAAAUGGAGAUGACAAAUGGACUGCUCCUGCUGUUGUUUGGGUUGCUGGGGUUUAUGAUAAGGGGAGGGUUUUGCCAGGAUGAUGCGGCUGUUUACAUUGUUACCUUGAAUCAGGCUCCCGCAGUUCAUUACUAUGGCAAGAUUGCGGAGAUGAAGUCGUCCGGAAGCGGUCGAGUUAGUUAUGGAGGUUUUGGGAGGCUAGAUACCAGGAAACCGAGCAAUGUUUCACGUACUGGCAGUGACUACAGCUCAUUUCUAAUUAGAUUUCAAAAUUCUCUAUUGAGAAGGGUACUAAGUGGUGAGAGCUACCUUAAACUGUAUAACUAUCACUACUUGAUCAAUGGCUUUGCUGUUCUAAUCACUCCUCAGCAGGCAGACAAGCUUUCUAAGAGAAGAGAGGUAGCGAAUGUUGAAUUGGAUUUCUCUGUCAGGACCGCAACCACAUACACCCCUGAAUUUUUGGGUUUGCCCAAAGGGCCGUGGGUGCAAGAAGGAGGACCAGAAUUUGCUGGAAAAGGAGUUGUCAUUGGUUUUAUUGACACUGGAAUUGAUCCAACACACCCUAGCUUUUCUGAUAUUCUCUCAGACACUGUUUAUCCCGUUCCUGCCCACUUUUCUGGAGUUUGUGAAGUUAUGAUUGAUUUUCCAUCCGGUUCCUGCAAUAGAAAACUUGUUGGAGCUCGCCACUUUGCAGCAUCCGCCAUAACUAGGGGAAUUUUCAAUUCUUCUCGGGAUCAUGCUUCGCCCUUUGAUGGGGAUGGCCAUGGAACGCAUACAGCCUCCAUAGCCGCUGGUAACCAUGGGGUUCCUGUGAUCGUGUCAGGGCAUCACUUUGGAAAUGCUAGUGGAAUGGCUCCUCAUGCCCAUGUUGCUGUUUAUAAGGCCUUGUAUAAAAAUUUUGGAGGCUUUGCUGCCGAUGUUGUUGCUGCCAUAGACCAGGCAGCUCAAGAUGGCGUUGACAUCAUAAGUUUAUCAAUCACUCCUAAUAGGCGUCCUCCUGGCAUAGCCACUUUUUUCAAUCCUUUAGAUAUGGCUUUACUUUCAGCCGUAAAAUCUGGAAUAUUUGUUGUGCAAGCGGCAGGAAAUACUGGUCCUUCACCAAAGAGCAUGUCGUCCUUUAGUCCGUGGAUAUUCAGUGUCGGUGCUUCAGCUCAUGAUAGAGUUUAUAAUAACUUUAUUGUGCUAGGAAAUAAUCUUACCAUAUCUGGCGUUGGACUUGCACUGACUUGAUGUACACUCUAAUAUCUUCAACUCAUGCCUUGAGAAAGGAUUCAGAUAGAGAGAAUAAGUUUUAUGCAGGGGAAUGUCAAGACCCUAGUUAUCUUAACCACGAUUUGGUAAAAGGAAACAUCAUAAUUUGUAGCUAUUCAAUCAGAUAUGUGCUUGGUCUUUCCUCGGUUAAGCAAGCAUUGGUAACUGCAAAGAAUGUUAGUGCUGCUGGCAUUCUAUUCUACAUGGAUCCUUUUGUCGAUGGGUUUCAGCUCAACCCUAUGCCCAUGGAUAUACCUGGCCUGAUAAUACCCUCUCCUGUUGACUCCAAGACUAUUCUUCAAUACUAUAAUGCAUCAUUGGUGAGGGAUGGAGUUUCAAACGCCAUAGUUAAAUUUGGUGGUGUAGCAAGAAUAUUGGGAGGCCUUGGUGCUAACUAUAGCAACUCUGCUCCUAAAGUUAUGUAUUAUUCCGCAAGAGGGCCAGAUCCAGAGGAUAAUUCGCUUGCAAAUGCAGACAUAAUGAAGCCAAAUCUUAUAGCUCCUGGGAACUUCAUUUGGGGUGCUUGGAGUUCUGCAGGUACAGACUCGAAUGAAUUUCAAGGUCAAAAUUUUGCAUUGAUAUCUGGAACUAGCAUGGCCGCUCCCCAUGUAGCUGGGCUCGCUGCUCUAAUAAAACAGAAAUUUCCAACUUUCAGCCCAUCAGCCAUUGCUUCUGCACUCUCCACAACCGCUACACUUUAUGACAAGCAAGGCGGACCAAUCAUGGCUCAACGAACAUACACCAACCCAGACUCAUCCCAAUCACCCGCAACACCGUUCGACAUGGGAAGCGGUUUUGUUAAUGCUACUGCUGCUUUAGAUCCAGGAAUCAUUUUCGAUGCGUCUUAUGAUGAAUACAUUUCUUUUCUUUGCGGCAUCAAUGGUUCUGCGCCUGUGGUUCUAAACUAUACCGGCAACAAUUGUGAUGCCGACACCAUUAAUGGAACUGACUUGAACUUACCUUCGGUAACUGUCGCUUUGCUGAAUCAAUCGAGAACCGUCACAAGGAGAUUGACAAACAUAGCUAGUGAUGAGACCUACAGUGUCAGCUUCAGUGCUCCUUAUGCGGUUUCUCUCCGGGUCAAUCCUAUUCGGUUUUUGUUAGCAAAGGGAGAGACACUAAACCUGACUUUUGUACUGACUGCAACAAUGAACAGCAGCUCUGCGAGCUUCGGGAGGAUUGGGCUCUAUGGGAGCCGAGGUCAUGUUGUGAUGAUUCCAUUGUCAGUCAUUGUGAAGAUUACAAGCAACUUGACUACUACAAGCUGAAAUGGACCAUGGUUUGACAAAUCUGAUGGCGUAUUUUUUGAUUUUUUUUGAACUUGUGUUGUAACAUAACAUUAUAAUGCUGAAGCUGAAUGCAAUUAGAUAGAUAUUGGCCCAAUGCUUGUAUCAUAUUCUAACAAGUUACUCAUGGGAAGUAAUUUUUGCUGUUUUCCUUA